CAUUCCUACCUAUCUUCAUCCCUAGCAAAAUGGCGGCCACGCUGCGUGCAUCGACGGUCGCCAACCUCCUCACUGGUGCUGGAGGAUAUCAUAAUUUGAAAGCGCUGAUCAAGGCCAUCCGAGCGUGCAAGACUCUGGCAGAUGAGCGUUCCCUCAUUCAGAAGGAGUCCGCGGCGAUCCGCACUUCUUUCAAAGAGGAAGACUCCUUCCUCCGGCACAACAACAUCGCCAAGCUGCUGUACAUCCAUAUGCUUGGGUAUCCGGCGCAUUUUGGCCAGAUUGAGUGCUUGAAGCUAGUUGCCAGCCCCAGGUUUGCGGAUAAGAGACUAGGAUAUCUUGGUAUUAUGCUGCUUUUGGACGAGAAUCAGGAGGUGUUGACUCUGGUUACAAACUCAUUGAAGAAUGACAUGAAUCAUUCCAAUAUGUAUAUCGUGGGCUUGGCUCUCUGCACAUUUGCGAACAUUUCGUCGGAGGAAAUGUCUCGCGAUCUGUGUAACGAGAUAGAAAAACUCUUGGGCUCAAGCAACACAUACAUCCGGAAGAAGGCUGCUCUUUGUGCUCUCAGGAUCGUGCGACGAGUGCCUGAUCUUAUCGACCAUUUCAUCGAGAACUCCAAGAUUCUUCUUUCGGACCGGAAUCACGGUGUUCUGUUGACUGGUGUGACACUUGUUACAGAGAUGUGUGAAAACGACUCGAAUGUGUUACCCGAGUUCCGAAAGGCUGUUCCUCUCCUUAUUCGCCAUCUGAAGUCUCUUGUCACUACUGGCUACAGUCCGGAGCACGACGUUUCUGGCAUAACCGAUCCCUUCUUGCAGACAAAGAUUCUUCGCCUUAUCCGCAUCCUUGGCAAAGGCGAUGCUCAGUCGAGCGAGGCGGUCAACGAUAUCCUGGCUCAGAUCGCUACGAACACUGAUUCUGCCAAGAAUGUCGGCAACUCAAUAUUAUACGAGACAGUACUCACGGUCCUGGAAAUCGAGGCUGAUGCCAGUCUUCGGGUAAUGGCUAUCAACAUACUCGGCAAGUUCUUGACGAACAGGGAUAAUAAUAUCCGUUAUGUUGCAUUGAACACACUCAAUAAAGUCGUCACGAUGGACACCAACGCUGUUCUCCGACACCAAAACACCAUUCUGGACUGUUUACGCGAUGGCGAUAUCUCGAUCCGCCGGCGAGCCUUGGAACUGUCCUACGCACUCGUUCGAGAAUCGAAUGUUCGGGUGCUGAUACGCGAGCUCCUUGCCUUCCUCGAAGUCGCCGAUAAUGAGUUCAAGUUGGGCAUGACAACACAAAUUUCUUUGGCUGCCGAAAGAUUCGCACCUAAUAGGAGAUGGCAUAUAGACACUGUGCUGCGCGUUCUUAAGCUGGCUGGCAAUUUCGUUCGUGAAGAGAUCCUCUCAUCCUUCAUUCGCCUUGUAUGCCACACUCCCGAACUCCAGUCAUACACCGUAUCACGACUUUUCGUUGCGUUGCAGUCGGAUGUCUCGCAGGAAUCCCUGACGCUUGCCGCUGUUUGGCUGAUCGGCGAAUUUUCCGACAUUCUCCUUGCGGAGGGUGUCACGGAGGAGGAACAGCAUAAGAAUAUCACGCCGGCCGAUAUCAUAGAUCUUUUCGAUUCGGUACUACAAUCUCCAUACGCAAAUGCCCUCAUUCGGCAAUUUAUCCUCACAUCCAUUACUAAAUUGUCCACCCGAAUUUCUCCAAACGAUCCUCAGCAGCAGCGCAUCCAUGGCAUGCUCUCACAAUACACGACCAGUCAAGAACUGGAGAUCCAGCAGAGGGCUGUUGAGUUCUCCAGCCUGUUUGGGCAAGGGGAGAUCACCGAGGGUGUGCUGGAACGAAUGCCCCCUCCUGAGAUCAAGGCAACCGUGCUCGGAGUUGUUAGCGAGGCUAAGCCAGUUGGCCCAACAAGACAAGAUAAGGAUUCCCUUAUUGACCUCAUGGGCGACGAGGCCUCAACAGCAGCACCCGCGACCAAUGGAGCAAGCGCCGCUAACCCUCAAGAUCUGCUCAAGGAUAUAUUUGGAUCGGAUAAUAAUAUGGGGGGUUCCUCUAGCCAGGCGGCUGCGUUGUCACCUGCCGGCCAGCAGAAGGCAACCUUCAACGACAUCCUAGGCCUAUUCGAUCAGACUCCAGCGACAUUCUCACCGACGCCUGCCCCCGCACCAAGCGCUCCGACUGCAUCCAUGAGUGGGCUAUCCGAUAUGGCCUCACUUUUCGGUCCUUCACCUUCGGCUGCAGCAUCUAUGUCAUCAAGUCUUGGAACUGCACCAGCACCACCAGCGCCCUCGCCCGCAAAGCCUGCUGCCCCUAAGCUACCCGCAUAUUCUGCAUAUGAUAAGAACAACCUCAAGGUCACACUGACACCACAACCAUCUGUUGCUCGGCCGGGUAUGGUAACCAUCUUGGCAACCUUCACAGCAACCGAUGCCGUUACUGGGUUGAAUUUUCAAGCUGCAGUUCCUAAGACUCAACAACUACAGAUGCUUGCAAUCUCGGACCCGAAUGUCCUGCCGGGAACACCAGCCACUCAACAGAUGCGAGUGAUUGCUCCCGCUGGGGCGCAGAUCCGAUUACGAUUACGGUUUAACUUCACGACAGCUGGGCGGAAUGUGCAGGACCAAGUUGACUUUGCUGGUUUCCCGACCGAUUUGACAGUGGCGAAGUAAUGUACAUUAGGGAAUGUAAUGCACAGAUAGUAUUCUGAUUCUAUUAUACCCGCUGCAGAAAAUAUGCAAGAAGAAGAGUGCCAAGAACAAACAAAGAAACAAGAUAUUGUAGUCGUGACUCAUUACUUUACGUGAGUGUUCCUGAAGGAAAGAUGGGAGAAGUCGGAGAUAUUGCAUCUACCAACGAAUUGGUAGAAUUGGAAUUGAACAUCGCCUUUAACGUUUGGUCGUUGCGUUUCUGGCGGAUGCGCUCCACUUCUUCCGGUCCGCCCGUCAUCUUCAGCUUUUUGCCAUCAACAAAAUUGCUCAGUUCGGCUUGAAAUUCAUCCGAGCGGGAGGCCAGCUCCUUGUCUCGCUGCUUCUGCGCAGCCUCGAUGGCCUUGAGCCGACGUUCCGGAUCGACAUGCGCACCCCUGAUUUCCAACAUCACGUUGCUACGGCCUGCAUUGUUCGCAUCCGCAGGUUGCGACCGAUAUGUCCGCAGCGCCUUUUGGACUCCAGUAUUCCCUUUCAAAGAGAUGAACUUCUCAACGUGUCCAAACACUUCCUUUACCGCCUUAUGAUCUUCAAUGAGAUCUGCGAGGAGCUCCUCUUGAUGUGUGAGGAAUUUCUGCUCCUCGACUAUAUUCUCCAGCUCUUCGCCCCAAGUCUUCUUCCACAUGGGCUUGAUCGUUGAGACGUGCUGCGACAGGCUUUCCAGCUCUGUGGAACAAGCAUCGAUGUCACUCUUCAAAUGCUUCAUCACAGCCGGCUUGGGAAGGAUCUGCCGCUUAACGACGUCAGACUUGAGGUUCUCAACGGAGUCAGUCAAUUCUUCGAUCUUGGUCAGGGCAUCUUGACUGCGAGUGUCCAGUUUUUCCUUGCCAGCAUUGAUGUAUGCUCUCGUUCCACCGACCUUUGUGUCAGCCAAUUCUCGGACUGCAUUCGUCUGCAUUCUCAGUCCUCCCAACGCAUCCUUGGUUUGGUUGAUGAAGUCAACAUAUAGCUGGCGCAUGACACCAAGAUCUCGACGUAUGUUCUGGACUUCAUCGAAUUGUGUUUGCAAGUCGUGGACGAUGCGGCCGGAUGUCACUUCAGAAGCACCAGUCAUUUGCGGUUGGAUCGGUUCGAGAGGCGGGGGCCGAGCGGAAGUGCUCAUCUUCAUCUUCGACAGCUUCGAGGCUGCAGCUUGGAACUGCACAUCAGAUGGACGAGGUGCCGCAGGAGCGGUUAUUGUUGGGGAGAUGAAUGGUGGUCCAACAGACAUCCUUCGUGAUGCACUCAUGGCCUGCUUCAAUUCACGAAUAUCUUGCGAGACAGCGGAGAUUUGAAGGUCAAUGUGCUGUUUGACCUGAUCCAAGGGUUCCACAUUUAACAGCAAACGGCUGCCAUUCUGCAUGUCAUCCAAGUUUUCCAACUCGUACCGAAUACGUGUCUUGGGAUCCUCGAUGUAAAUCGCAGGGAAGUUAUCUAGACCUGGAUUAUACGAAAAUUUGUCCAUAAACAGAAUCCUUAGACCUGCAAACGAGAUCGUCGGUUCCAUCUCCACCUUCUUGGUGUGCAUACCCAGGGUCAGGAACACUGUCAAGGUCCCUGAACCUGAGUUUCGUGGAGUAGAAGAUUCCAUCGUCCUCUGUGCGACAGGUGUAGAUGUGACAAUCAUGGAGGAAUCGGCAGCUGCCUGGACCGCGUUCAAGUUGGGCGGCGAGCUAUAGCUUGACAAGUCGCUUCCCGCACUUUCAGACUUGUAUAGUCCAUUUGAGGACUUAGAGGCACUGAUGAAGGCUGGCAGAGGGGGGAGGGGUGGCACAUUUUCGUUCUUUGAGGGGCUUGGGCUGUUCCGCGUUGGCGUUUCUGGUGUCCGCGUCCGGCUUUCAGAUCGGUCGACUCCUUUCCCCUUCCCAGUGGCCUCUUCGCCUUCUGUAAGGGCACCGAGGUCCGGAGGAACGAAAGAUCGCCGGUUCUGGGCCAUCGCGGCGGUUUGCUUCUCACGCGUCGAUGGGCCCGAGGCACCCAUUCGCAUGAAGUUGAAAGUAGAAAACCGUCUUGAUGCGCGUCUCUCAAGCAUGUCACUUUUUUGCAAAGCAACAAACGAAGAGUUCUGGGGUCCUAAAGUAGUGUCUCGCUCGUCGAGACCUGUAGGUGCGAAGGACUGCACAUCUCCACUUGCUUUCCUUGCCGGGCUUGCGAAUGGCGGUGAGUAUAAACUGGGCUCGGUAUCAAAUUGUCUUAACACGUCUGCAGAGAAGUCGGCCGCCAUUGAAGGCGACGCCUCAGAGACGACAACAUCUGGGGCCGGCAGCGUGGACGGGAUGUAAGGGGGAGGAGAUGGUUCAGAAGAUACCGCGAGGCGUGGGGGGGUUCGAGUCUCCUCAGCUUCUGGUAGCUCGGGUUGGCUUUCGAACACCGGAAACGACAAAUCAUUCGGCGGUGUCAUAGGUUUGUCCGUCAGAGAGAACCGCCUCACGUCGGGAGGGACGACUGGAACUGCCAGGCUACGCUUUACCGGACUCGACGGUUCCUCCGGUAUUGACGGAAUACUGCGGGCGGUGAGUGACGGCCCUCGCCUGGGUAGUUCCCUCUUGCCUUCUUGCAAGGGAGAGUCACUUCCUGUUGGAAGAGGAGUGGAAUGGCCAGUCCGGCUCGGUGUUCUGGUUGAUGACCGAGAUCCAGGCCGAGACGGUGUUUCAUUCUCCGAAAGUGCGCUGGAGAUUGAGCUAGUUUGUUCUUCCCGUCGCCGCUGGGACACAGAAGCGCCAGCAGGUUUUUCGGCAGGUUGACUCGGU